CGUCUGUCAGGGUUAUUUUUCUUCAGUUGAGUACGAUAAUUGAUAUUAUUCAGUUGUAUCUGUGUAUCAAUAUGAGGUCGUUUUUACUUAAAGAGAACAGAAUCGCCAUGACAUGCCUUUUGGUUCUAGUCGUUAUAUCCAGCAGUGCCCUUGCUUAUCCUUCACCAGGGGAGGACUAUAUUCUCACUGAAAAGGAAUAUUCGAGUCCUGGUGCCCACCAAUUGGCUAGCUGGUUGACAGCUCAAAGACGUCCAAAGGAAAUCACUGUAAUCAAGGACCUACCAGUUAUUCCAUAUCGUCUGCCUAUACAGGGUAAACGAAAUUCCGAGGUGACAAAUGCUAUCAUUCGGUCUGAGGAGACUCAGCGAAUGUAUAGGGAAGGAAGGAAAUAAGAAUAAGUUUCGAUAUAAUCAUUAUAACCAUAAAAAAAAAUUUCUUCAUAAGGAAUGGUAUUAUACUCACAUAAGGAUAAUGAAGAAGUAACUAUUAUAUUUAAAUCAAUGUUAUGUGUAUAUAAAAUAAAUCAGUAUUGAACA